UAUUAGCAGUAACGUUGAAGUUUGCAAAACACAGCUGACAGACAGAUUACUAGCCUCCUGCUGGCGCUUUAGUUUAAUGUAUCUAUUAGCUGUAUGAUCUUAAUUUCACUGCUUGUCGUUUAUUCAUCUUCCUGUAAUGGAGAACAUAUACCGCCAGGGCGUUGAGAUGGCGGAGGAGCUCCAGCGGAGAUCGAGGAGCUGCGAGGGUUUGUGGCUGAUCGCUUCUCAUCUGGGAGACCCGAAGGCUGCAGUGCUGCUGGUGUUUCCUCUCGUGUUCCACACACACAGACGGACUGGCAUCGCUGUGCUCUGGGUGGCUGCUUUAUCAGAGUGGCUCAACUUAGUUCUCAAAUGGAUCCUGUUUGGCGAGAGGCCUUAUUGGUGGAUUGGACAUUCUGGAUUGUUUUCCAGAAACCCUCCGAAAGUCCAGCAGUUCAUGUCUACCUGUGAGACUGGCCCAGGCAGUCCGUCAGGUCACGCCAUGGUCACUGCUGCUGUCUGGUGGGUGAUUGUCUCUUUCCUGGCCUCCUUCUUUCACACUCGCACCGGCAGUAAGAUAUUAGCUGCAGUGCCGUAUCUGUUGUAUGCAGUAUUUUUGGCAUGUGUAGGCCUCUCUCGAAUCUUCAUCUUAGCUCACUUCCCACAUCAAGUCAUUGGAGGUCUUCUGGCAGGGGUGUUGCUGGGGGUUUUUCUGAACAGGACUGUUCCUGAAGAUCGCUCUCUGCUGUUCUUCUUUCGCUUCAGCUUGACUUUGCUGCUCGGAGCUCUUCUAAUGCACGGUGCCCUGCAAAAGAUCGGGGUCGAUCUUUCUUGGUCAAUCUCACUGGCUAAGCGGUGGUGUUCUCACCCCGAGUGGAUUCGUAUGGACACAGCGCCCUUCUCCUCUCUGAACCGGGACGCCGGGGUUCUGCUGGGACUAGGACUCGCACAGUACUGGAAGCCAGGAGGAUGGGCUCUUCCAUGGGUUCCCAGGACCCUCUGUCUGGCCCUCUCGUCCAUAGCCCUCCACUACAUCAACAGCUUCCCCGUGCCAACUGUUCCUCCUCUUCUCUUCUACUCGCUGUUCUUUCUCAAAUACAGCAUUGUGCCGCAGGUGGUCAUGGUGCUGGUGCCAGGAUUUGUGCAUCUUCUCACAGCCAAACCCAAAAUGGAGUAAAAGUGAACGUUGCAGCUUUUGGUGUUUGAACCUUUCGUCAUACAGUAAGCUCUCGACACAAAAACAACCCUCAGCUUUAAGCUCAGUCAUAUAUGGAGCUUUAAAGAAUGUUUUUGGAGCAAAAUUGAAAAGGUUUGCUGCACUGCAAAGUCUUAAGAAAAAAAAUGUUUCUUGUCGCUGUUCCUCGAUGAUUCUUUUAAAAAGUACUUUGUAGAAGGCUGUUCUACUUCUGUUGUUGACUGUUUAUUUUUUUUAAUUAAGUUACUUGUAUAGUCUCUUCUUGUGUAGAAGCCAAAAUGUUUGGUUAUAAUAAACUUGCUUGUGAGCAAAUAGAAUCAAA